AAUUUGAAGGCAAAAAUCUUCUACCUUUAUCCUAUUUUACUGAAGAAAAAAAAAUAGAGAGACUGGCGGUUUGUCACAUACCGUCGUGGGGCUGGGUCGUUUGAUCUGUCUGUAUAUCCAAAUAUAUAAAUAAAGAAUGAUUGCUGGGAGAAAAUAAGAACGAUACAUUUUUUCCUUUGAUCUUUUAAUGUCCAUACUCUCUCCCCCCUGAAACGUUAGAAACCAGUUUUUUAUAUAAAUCCUCUCCAUUUUCUCUCUCUCCUCUCUCUCUGUGUUUGUGUCAGAAUAUACAAAGAAAUAGCCGACGGGGAAGAAGCAGCAGCUAACCAGAAGAAGGAAGGCCAAAAAGUGAGGAUUGGUUUCACAGAAAUGAAUGGUCUCUCACAUCUUGAACCAGAUUUCUCUGAGUUUGUGGAAGUUGAUCCAACUGGGAGAUAUGGCAGAUACAAUGAAAUCCUUGGCAAAGGAGCUUCUAAGACAGUUUACAGAGCAUUUGAUGAGUAUGAAGGGAUAGAAGUUGCUUGGAACCAGGUCAAGCUCUAUGAUUUCCUGCAGAGCCCUGAAGAUCUUGAGAGGCUCUACUGUGAAAUCCACCUUCUCAAGACAUUGAAGCACAGAAACAUCAUGAAGUUCUACACUUCCUGGGUUGAUACUACCAACAGAAACAUCAAUUUUGUCACUGAAAUGUUCACCUCUGGGACUCUGAAGCAGUAUAGGUUAAAGCACAAGAGAGUAAACAUUAGAGCAGUGAAGCAUUGGUGUAGGCAGAUCUUGAGAGGGCUUCUGUAUCUCCAUAGCCAUGACCCUCCUGUGAUCCAUAGAGAUCUCAAGUGUGACAAUAUCUUCAUCAAUGGAAACCAAGGGGAAGUGAAGAUUGGUGACCUUGGUUUAGCUGCAGUCUUAAGGAAAUCGCACGCCGCGCACUGUGUUGUAGGGACACCAGAGUUCAUGGCUCCUGAAGUGUAUGAAGAGGCUUAUAAUGAGCUAGUUGACAUUUAUUCAUUUGGGAUGUGCAUUUUGGAAAUGGUCACUUUCGAAUAUCCGUAUAGCGAAUGCUCUCAUCCUGUACAGAUCUACAAGAAAGUUGUUUCUGGUAAAAAACCAGAUGCUUUGUACAAAGUUAAAGAUCCAGAAGUACGACAAUUCGUUGAGAAAUGCUUGGCAACUGCAUCGUUGAGGCCCUCUGCAAGGGAGCUUUUAAACGACCGUUUUCUCCAAAUUGAUGAAUGUGAAUAUGAUUUGAGAUCACUAGAUUAUGUUAGGCAGCUAGAUGACGUGGGUCCUCUUGUACGGCAUCCUCUAUUAGAGCUUCAUCGGAGCAACAGUUCCUUUUGUAAUGGGUACUCGAAUGGUUACAGUUUCGAUGCCCCAAAUGAGUGGGGGUAUCAGCCUGUCGAUGUCGAAUCAGCUGGAAUCAAACUGUUUGAGCACCAUGAGGGUGAUCAUUCUGAAGAUGUCGGCAUAAGUAUUAGGGGGAAGAGAAUAGAAGACGGUGGUAUCUUUUUUAGACUUAGAAUUACAGAUAAACAAGGUCGUGUACGCAACAUUCAUUUCCCAUUUGACACUGAGAAUGAUACAGCAUUGAGUGUGUCAACUGAAAUGGUUGCAGAGUUGGAUAUCACCGAUCAAGAUGUAACUAGAAUAGCAGAUAUGAUUGAUGGGGAAAUUUCCUUGUUGGUACCCGAUUGGCAGUCAGGACCAGGACUAGUGGAAACACCCCUGUGUGCUAGUCAAAGCUUUUGUCACAAUUGUGUUUCUAAUCACACCUCUAGUGGUUCCAUGAUGGAGUAUCUGUCGAACCACCCUAGCGCCAAGGACUUGCAAGCUAUUCAAUGUUGUAAACAUGGUUGUCCUUCAAUGCACGGUCGUUUUGAGGAGAUUACAUACCAAGUUGAUGAGUCUGAGCAUCAUGUGAAAGGGGGUGCACCAAAUGAAUCAAGCCAAUCAGACUGCCUUCAAUACCAAGAAAUUUGGGGACAACAACCACAAGAAAGUCGAGAACUUAGUUCAGUAGGCUCAGGACAGAGCCCAUCUGACGAAGAAUAUGAGAAAAUGGAUCACUUAGUCACAGUUGAAGAUGGGCAAGAUCCUCAAUCGGAAAACACUACAGCAUCCGGCGCAAGAAAUUCCAUCAGAAACUUAUCCGGUUUACAUUCUAUUUCCAUCCUCUCAAAAUCUUCGCUGAAUGCAAGUAAAGUACACAAAAUAGACAACGGGUUCUUAUAUUCUGUGGUUUCAAACACAUUACAAGGAAUCAACAACAUAGUUCUUUCGAAAUCUUGCGCUUAUGAUCACCGACACUUAACUCUGGAUUUCCUUGCAAAUCUUGAAAAGCGCUGUCCCAAUUCGGAACCUCAAAGGGCCCGAAAUUGCGAGGCGAUGGAGUCUCCCAAUUCUGAGAAUGUGAUCACUGCCAAUAGUUUAUGCACAGGCUCACUGCUUCCUCACUCUCUUCGCAGGGCAGUUUCUCUCCCGGUUGAUGCUGUUGAUUUAUAAACUUGCAGAGGCACAAAACAUGUAUUCUUUUCACAGGUUCCAUACACUUACAUCAUGUAUGGUUACCAAGGCCACUCCUUUUUUUACCAAGGGAUGUGGCUUUCCAGGAUGCUUUGUAUUUAAAAUUAUGGUUUAUCUACGAGGAAAAAGGCAAGUUUUGAGGCCUA